AUGACCGUUCCUGAACGGAUCCCCACAUUUUUUGGCUUCAUGCGCGUCAUCAAGCGCGACGGCACGAUGGGGCAUGUGCUCCGAGCCGACUCCUGCCUGAAUUGGUCGAGGAUUAGUGUAGCGACCAUAAUGGCACCAGUUAAACCUGCCCGCAGGCUGGCGCGCAAAUCAGCGACAGCAGGUCCAUCCAAAUCAAAAAAGCCCGGCAAACUACCACCGAAAAUGAGCAAGCAAGUCAAGACCAAACCAGGCGCACAGGCACAGAAACCCAAAAAGAAGAAACCUGAAUAUUCCGAAAAACAACUAAAUUUGCCUGUACUGAACAGCAUUGUUCCUGCGAAUGCCAAAACUGUUCAAAAGGCUGGUGGAACAGGCAAGAAGAAGAACAAGGUCUUUGUUGACGACACCGAAAGCAUGAUGACCAUUCUUGCCAUGGUUAAUGCUGAGAAGGAGGGUCAGAUUGAAGGCAAGGUCCAGAAAGAACGACAGAUGGAGGAGAUUAGAGAGGCCAGACGUAAAGAGGCGGAGAAGAAAGAGCAGAAACGGCAAGGGAAAAUCGAAAAGGUCAAGCAAGACAUAAAGAACGAUCAGAGAGGCAAGAGGAGAAGAAGCGAAGCUGACAAGGAGAGCCCAUUGAAAGAGCAGCAGAAUCAAGAUAAGAAACCGAAGAGGAAGAGUGUGUCUUUUGUGACGUGA